CAGUUUAAAUCCGAGCGGAAAGUGCGCGCGGCCUGGGCGUUUCCCGGAGCCUCCCCUUCCCCCGCUGCUAACAGCCGGCGGCGGCGGCGGCUAUGUCGGGGAGCGAGUGGAUUCCCUCGGCUUGUGGGGGCUAUUGAGCGGUAGUUUUAUUUUGUUAUUAAUAUUCGGAUGGUUUCUUGCGAGUGAGGCGGAGGCGACUUGUUUUUUGUUGAAAUUAAAAAAACCAAACUGCUCAGCAGUCCCAAAACAAAAACAGAAUUACCUGGAAAAACUCAGCAGGUCUGGCAGCAUCGCUGGAGAAGAAAAGAGUUGACGUUUCGAGUCCUCAUGACCCUUCGACAGAACUUGAGUGAGUUCAGGAAAGGGGUGAAGUAUAAGACGGUUUAAGGGUCUGAGAGCAGAGAGAAAUGUUACCACAGGCUGGAGAGAUUCACUUUUUGUGGGAGAUUUGUUCAGGUGAAGUUGAGGAAGGAAGUGCAUUGAGAACGUUUGGCAGGUUAACUACUUAUGAUGCAACGAUCUCUGAGGCAAUUUUCUCUGUGCAUCACAACUUGAUCGAUUACCAGCUUCGGGUCCGCACUUCACUGGUGGAACCGUUUGAAGCGCGCGUUGGGUCAGAGUAUAUGGUACUUGGAGAAAUGGAAACCACACCAGGCAACAUUCCUGUGAUCCAGGCUCGGCUGCUUAUGGAAGCGGAUGGAGUUAACUUGCUAUUACUGGAGCGUGCUGUACAGGAGCAGAGAAAGUACUUCCAACAAAGAGAUGCCCUUGAAACUGAGGUAGAAAAGUGAUGUGUGAACAUACACGCAAACUCUCAUCAGACUCGCAGCCACUGGCGGUGCUUCUCCGGCGUGGCAGCUGUUUGCAUUUAUUGUGAAAACUGAUCUGUCCGAAUCUACUUUGUUUUGGACUGAUGCUGAACAUCUAAAUCUGAUUCUUGCACGUCAUCACCCACCUCGCCUUUUAAAACUCCAGGAAUUUUGCUUUUCGCAAAUGUUUGGAAAGUAACCUCCUGUUGGACUGUUGCUUUUGUGUUUAAUUAGAGUUGAAGUACUUGCAAUUUCUGGAAUGCUUUUUUUGAAUGAUUGUGCACUUUUGGGAUAUUGCAUGAGUUCUCAAUUAUAACCCACAUGGUUCAACAAUGUGCCCAGAGUCGAUGAAAGAAGGGAGAUUCGACUGCUAGCAUAUCAAAAUUUCUUCAGUGUUACUCAUUUUCUUUCAUAAUGUGCAAGAUUGAGCCUAGAAGGUUUUUUAUUGCUAUCUUUGAAAUAAAUCCUCAGAAGUGCAAAAAAAA